UUUGUCUAAUUAUUUUUUUUUAUAACCACAGUCGUGUUAAUUAUAUCCUAAUUAAAAAAGCACUGGGAAUUCGUGCUGACGUCGCAUGAAAAUUUGCGAUAAGCAGAAAUGGGUGUUUUAAUCUUUUCAAAAACCCCCACCACCUUUUCCUUUACAUAAAUACCUCUCCACGUCUUUACUUACGCUUUUGUCAAUUUGUUGAAAUGGCAAACGAUAAGCACAAUCAGUGCAAGGAAUGCGGCUGCAACUGCAGGAAGUGCGCCAGCGACCACGACCUGCACCUCCACGUCGAAAUCGAAAAUCUCAAACAGAAGCUUGUCGAACGCGACAGCCACAUCACGACAAUGGAAACGAACGUCUUGAACGAGGCGAACAAGCCCUCUGUACACGAGGAGCUGUUCACCUGGCAGGACAAGUAUAAGCGGCUGUACGAGGCGCACCGGCGCAUUCAGAGAGUCAACCAGGGGUUGGAGGAUAAACUGUUGAAGCUAGUUGACAGCUCGGAGACCGACAAGAACACGUUAACCAAGGACAUAGCGACCCUAUCUCAUACUCUGGCCGAGGCGAACUAUUCGAUCAAGAAGUUAACUGAGGAUAACGAGAGGUAUAAAAACGACGUCGCUUUAGCCAUACAAUUCCUGCAAUGUAAACAAAGCAACUUUGUAUCGCAGAAGUUAGAUUCGUUACCAAACGAGGUACAGGCGAAGGUAUCUUCCUACGUUGCAGGAAAAAAGAAACCAGAGGAGAAAAAGACGCCACCCGAAGUGCGUAACAUUAAAGUGCCAAUUCCCACGUUCCCGCCGACCGCCAUGGUCUACUCCAUCCCCAAGUCGACCGAAAGGGAAGAAUCUGAGCCGGAGUCUCCUCCGGUCGACAUCGUUUCGGCGGCGAUCAUGGCCAAAGUCCUACAAGAACGCGAACGAGAACGCUCGCUAGUAAAACACUGUGAUACUUGUACAUGCUCAAAAACCUUAAAGAUACUUCACGACGUUUCUAACCACAGCAUCGGCACCCAAACGGGCACUUACAGAUCGGCGGUUUGCCUUAGGUGCAACAACGACAUGGAAAGUAAACCCUCGCUGCAGAUAGUAAAAAAUUCCGAAACUAUGAGUAAAAAUGUGCCAAAUUAUACUCACGAAUAUGAUAAUUUAAAUUUACAGGUUAGAUCUAAUAUUGUUAAGGUAGAACCGAAUAAUUAUCUAAAAGAGGAGGAUUGCGCGGUACAAAAUUGCGAAACCAGCUCUAAAUUACCACCAAACAAAGAAGCCUCCAAGAAACUGCGCCACCACCACCUGUGCGAGCGAUCGCAACUCUUCCACGACAGUGCCAAAUUGAAAGGACCCCGUUACUGUUCCGUUCGUCUGCAAACCGGAUCGAAAAACAUUCUCCUCGACAACGUCCACACCAACAUUCCACCAGUUUUAUACACGCAUCCGUCGGACAAGAAGAUCAAGCUGAAAAAGACGGAGUACAACAGCUCGCCGACGUGCUCGAGCGAAGAUCACAAGUCGAUCGACUUGCUCGGCGAGCCGGUCCUAAACCAGCAGAGGGUCGCCGAGUGGAUUCAAAGCAACCAAACCGUCUCCCCGACCUCCCCGAUCGAUCCCGUCAAGUACGCCGAAAUGGAGAAGAACGUCAAGAAGUUCCUCUUCGGCGAGAGCCAAAGCGAGUUCUUGAAAAAGGUCGCGAUCGGCAAGCAGAACUACCAAAACCUGCGCGACAUUCACGGCGCCGUCGUCGAUAAGAAUCGACUGAUCAGAAGUCACUCGCAUACCGAAACCGAAAUUUAGGUUAGAAUUUGUGUACCUGCUAUCAUUUUCAGUACGUGAGGGGUAGACGAAAUCUGUGAUGUUAGCCUGAGAUGGACCCUCUUCAUUUUUUUACUGCGCUGUUAAUUUAAAGCUAGUUUCCUAUCAAAAUGAGAUUGAUUCAUAGUUUUGUGAGGGUGCGGACCCGCCCCAUAUUUUAAUAUUCUGUGUAAUUAUAGCUGUAGCGGAAUAAAGUGUGAGUGAGUUUUAAAUUUU